AUGCGCGUCUCUAUCCUCUCCAUAGUCGCACUGCUUUCCGCCUGCUCGGCAGCGACGCCCCUGCGAUCUCUUCUCCCUCGCUCCUCCAGCAUGUUCAAUCUCGACUGGACCCGAGCCAAUGCGAUCAAGACCGUCAACGAGAUCAUGCAGCAGCUCCCCGUCGACAUCAAAUUCUGGGGCAUGAACCAGACCGAGGGGUUUAUGGGCGUGAAUAUUGCCGUGGACAUGAACGAUCUUUUAGCCAUGGGGUUGGUGUCGAUGAAGAGCAAUGUGAACGCCAAGGUCAAUGUCAAUGUUACUAUCACAGGGCUAGAUCAGUGA